CACCCGCAGAGGCACGAGGCCGGAGUGCAGACGCUCACUAACGGCCCUCUGAUACCAGAUCUGUGCGGUGAUUCCUCGUCCCUCUUUAGACUCUCGAAGACCUUUAAAGAUUCCUGAGAUCCCAGAAGAAAGAGAGGAAAUUCUCUGAACAUGAACUCGUCUAACAGCAGCGAUUGCAGUGAAACAGCAGAUUUCCAGAUCUACCUCCUCCCCAUCACCUACUGCCUGGUGAUGGUCUUCGGUCUGCUGGGGAACCUGGGAGCUCUCUACUUCUUCUUCUUCAAAAUGGAGCAGAAAUCUCCUUCCAGCGCCUUCGUCAUCAGCCUGGCCGUAGCCGACACCAUUUUCCUGUGCGCUCUGCCGUUCCGGAUUCACUACCACCUGAACGGGAACGACUGGAGGUUUGGGGACGUGAUGUGCCGGAUCACCGGGACUGUAUUCUUCGGCAACAUCUACAUCAGCAUCGCCUUCAUGACCUGCAUCUGCCUGGACCGGUACAUAGCCACCAUCCAUCCCCAUACCUACCUGCAGCUGCGCAACACCCGCUGGGCUCUGAUGGUGACGGUGGCGGUCUGGGUGGUGACCGGCACGGCGACCCUGACCUUCAUGAUGACCUGCCCGCUGGCGACUGACGGGAGCGACAGCGAUCAGCAGGACGCAAUAAGCUGCUUCGAGAACUUCUCUCACGAGGCGUGGAGGAGCAGCCUGAUGCCCUACAGCGCCAUCAGCCUGGUGUUCGGCGCCCUGCUGCCGUCGCUGGUCAUCCUGGUCUGCUACCCGCUGGUGGCGCGCCGGAUCACGCGCAUCAAGACGGCCACGGCCAAGAGCGCCCUGAGGAUCAUCUACGCCAUCCUGGCCAUCACGGUUCUCUGCUUCCUCCCGUACCACGUGGUGCACCUGCUGCACCUGCUGUGGCGCACCAACGUCAUCAACAACUGCAUGGCGGCGGACGUCAUCUACAAGAUCCGGCGGGUGACGAUGGCGCUGGUGAGUCUGAACAGCCUGCUGGACCCCGUGCUCUACUACUUCGCCACGGGCCGCUGCAAGUGGAGCUUCAGGUGGAACCUGGACUGGCUGAAGCUGAAGAAGACGAAGGCCGUCUACACCGUCUCCGACCAUUACAGGACCGCCGGUGGGGAGGGGGAUUUACUGGCGUCCGUAAUCAUGCCAAAAAAUGAUCAGUGAACAAUGAAUUAAAACUUUAAUUUCUGGAUAUGUUUGGCUUUAUUUGAACUGUCUAAAUGUUCUCACCAACGCAACCAUGAGAACACUAGUAGAAGUCAUUUAUAAAGAACCACAGCACCAGUCAGAAUAAGGAUAAAAAACUUUUUAGUGGACCUUAAAAUAUCUGAAGUGGAGGCGUCUGCAAUAAAGAACCGUAACCUCAGAGUAGAAAUGGAAAGUAUUGCUAUUGUCUGUCAUUGUCUGUCAGAAAGGGCAGCAAGUGGGUGUAAAAAAGCGAGACCCAGCUGAGUUUUAAUCUAUAGUCUAUAUUUUUGCAAUAAAUACAUUUAAAAAUUCAGUCAAUUAAAGGAGAACUCUGGUGUAAAAUGGACUUUUAGUGCAGUAAAACAUGAUAAAAAGUACUUCCACGUUCUCCCACAACUUUUUGUGAUCCAGUAAUUUUAUGCUUUUUGCUGCAGAUAAAUUAUUUUCUUUUGUUCUUUUUUUGAGAUAUUGUUCUUUUA